GUUCCAGGCCGUACCAGCAGCGACAGCUCCAAGAAGUUUCCGUCAGACAAGAUUUUUGAAGCCAUCUCCUCCAUGUUCCCGGACAAGGGCUCCACUGAGGAGCUCAAAGAGAAGUACAAGGAGUUGACGGAGCAGCAGCUGCCCGGCGCGCUGCCGCCCGAAUGCACGCCAAACAUCGACGGUCCCAACGCCCGCUCUGUGCAGCGCGAACAGAGCCUGCACUCCUUCCACACACUGUUCUGCCGACGCUGCUUCAAAUAUGACUGCUUCCUCCACCCUUUUCACGCAACUCCAAACACAUAUAAACGCAAGAACCUGGAGAACCUGGUGGAGAGUAAACCCUGCGGCAUCGACUGCUACAUGUACCUGGUGCAGGACGGGAUGGUGAGGGAGUACCCGGCAGGCGUGGUCGCCGAACGAGCCAAGACUCCCUCCAAACGCACAGUGGGCCGUCGCCGCGGACGACUGCCCAACAGCCGGCCCAGCACCCCCACCGUUUCCUCGGAAACCAAAGACACUGACAGCGACCGAGAGGGCAGCAAAGAGGACGAGCGGGACGACGAUGACGACAAGAAGGACGACAACACCAGCAGCUCAGAGGGGAACUCGCGGUGUCAGACUCCGGUGAAGAUGAAGCUGACGGAGGAGGCUGAAACGGUGGAGUGGAGCGGAGCCGAAGCUUCUCUCUUCAGGGUUCUCAUCGGGACGUACUACGACAACUACUGCGCCAUCGCACGGCUCAUAGGCACCAAGACCUGCAGACAGGUUUACGAAUUCAGGGUGAAGGAGUCGAGCAUCAUCGCUCGGGCUCCUGCUGAAGACGAGGACACGCCUCCAAGGAAGAAGAAGAGGAAACACAGACUGUGGGCGACUCACUGCAGGAAGAUCCAGCUGAAGAAAGACGGUUCGUCCAAUCACGUGUACAAUUACCAGCCGUGUGACCACCCGAGACAGCCCUGCGACUCCUCCUGUCCCUGCGUCACCGCUCAAAACUUCUGUGAAAAGUUCUGCCAGUGCAGCUCGGAGUGUCAGAAUAGAUUCCCGGGUUGCCGGUGCAAAGCCCAGUGUAACACCAAGCAGUGUCCCUGCUACCUGGCCGUGAGGGAGUGUGACCCCGACCUCUGCCUGACCUGCGGCGCUGCCGACCACUGGGACAGCAAGAACGUGUCCUGCAAGAACUGCUCCAUCCAGAGAGGAGCCAAGAAGCACCUGCUGCUCGCUCCGUCAGACGUGGCGGGUUGGGGCAUCUUCAUCAAAGAGCCGGUCCAGAAGAACGAGUUCAUCUCGGAGUACUGCGGAGAGAUUAUCUCUCAGGAUGAAGCCGACCGCCGAGGCAAAGUCUACGACAAAUACAUGUGCAGCUUCCUCUUCAACCUCAACAACG